AUGAAAGCAUUCCGGUACGAAGAUCCUGAAACAGGAGUUCGGCUUGAAGAAAUCCCUAUUCCAGAACCCAAACACGGCCAAGCUCUCAUCAAAGUACAAGCCGCCGGCCUCUGUCACUCAGACGUACACAUCAUCCAAGGACGAGGGCAUAGUUGGAUCGCAAAACGCCCAAUUACUUUGGGCCACGAAGUUUCCGGAACCAUCGUGAAGCUCGGACCGGGGCCAUCAACCGUUCAAGUAGGUGACCGCGUUGCUGUUGCCAUACCAUCGCACCCAGUCGAGAAAGCUUCGUGGGAAACCGCAAUCGGGCUGGGGUACGACGGAGGAUAUGGCCAAUUUGUUCUGGGACACCUUGAAUUCCUGGUCAAGAUUCCGGACAACGUUUCCUUCGAGCAGGCUGCGGUAGCGACGGACUCGAUCGCAACGGCGUAUCAUGCGGUAGCGGCAACAGCUGGAGCGGACCAAUCGAGCACCGUGGCAAUACUCGGAAUCGGAGGCCUUGGUAUGAACGCGGUCACGAUCGCUGCUCUGCGGGGAGCAAAGGUCUACGGCAUUGAUCUCAAUAUGGCAAAGUUCGAAGAGGCAAAGCGCUGCGGUGCCAGUGCGUGCGCGGCAACGCUAAAGGAGUUUGCCGAUGUCAAGUUCGAUAUCAUCAUCGACUUUGUCGGAGUCACAUCAACUGUUCAGUCCGCAAUCUCCUCUGUCAAGAACGGCGGCACUGUUGUGCUUGUCGGACUGGGGGCCACCAGCGUCGAAAUCCGAACAACAUCCUUUGUUACACGGAGCAUCACACUGAAGGCCUCGAUUGGCGCGUCAAAAGAAGACCUCCAGGAGGUUUUGAACUUGCUCUCUACCGGUCAUCUCCGACCAAAUCUGAUCGAGAUCCCAUUUGAAGACAUCCCGAAGGGGCUCCAACGAUUGGACGGUGGUGAAGUUAACGGGCGUCUAUUCACCCGCCCCAAUUAA